AUGUCAAGAAGAUAUGAUUCCAGAACGACUAUCUUCUCCCCAGAAGGUCGUCUGUAUCAAGUCGAAUAUGCGCUCGAGGCCAUCUCCCACGCCGGUACAGCAUUGGGUAUAUUAGCCAAGGAUGGAAUUGUGUUAGCAGCUGAGAGAAAGGUGACAAGCAAGCUGCUCGAGCAGGACACAUCCGCAGAGAAGCUUUAUAUCCUGAACGACAACAUGAUAUGUGCAGUAGCAGGAAUGACCGCCGAUGCCAACAUCCUCAUCAAUUACGCCCGACAAGCCGCACAAAAGUACCUCCUUACCUACAACGAAGAUAUUCCAUGCGAGCAGCUAGUACGUCGAUUAUGCGAUCUCAAACAAGGUUACACACAGCACGGUGGUCUGCGACCUUUCGGUGUUUCCUUUAUCUAUGCCGGUUACGAUCCCCAGAGACAAUUCCAGCUCUACCAGAGCAAUCCCAGUGGCAAUUACGGUGGAUGGAAGGCUACAAGUGUUGGCGCAAACAAUGCCAGCGCUCAGAGUUUAUUGAAGCAGGAUUACAAGGAGGAUUGUGAUUUGAAGGAGGCAUGUGGCAUGGCAGUCAAGGUGUUGAGCAAGACUAUGGAUUCUACCAAGUUGAGCAGCGAGAAGAUUGAGUUUGCUACAGUGGGCAAGACGAAAGAUGGUAGAAUCUAUCACCACCUGUGGGGCGCUGAUGAGAUUACAACAUUAUUGAAGGAGCAUGAUCUCGCGAGAGAUGAGACUGGUGCGGAUGGAGAUAGAGUAACCAGCUAG